UUUGACUUGAACAAUGCAGUUUUUGCAGGACAAUCAAUCUUAAAAGGUUGACUUGAUCUCUUUCAAUUUCUUAGGCCAAAAUGGAACAUAAAAUCUUUCUCGAUGUGUUUGUUGUUACAUUUUGGAAUUAAAAAUGAAGUUGGCAGUCCUUCAAGCUCGGGCCGUUUGAAGAGCAGCUCUUGCAGCGGCGGAGAUGGGGAAGAGGUGCUGUUCGGUGGCGUUAGCAAUGGUAAUGGUGAUGGGGUUGGUGUCUUUAACACUAGCAACCAGCAGGAGAAGCAUGAUGACAAAUGGUCUUGGAAUGACUCCUCCGAUGGGGUGGAAUAGCUGGAACCACUUCAGCUGCACUAUUGAUGAAAAAAUGAUCAAAGAAACUGCUGAUGCUCUAGUUUCAACUGGGCUAUCCAAGCUUGGAUAUGUGUAUGUUAAUAUAGAUGAUUGCUGGGCUGAAAUUUCUCGUGAUGACAAGGGUAAUCUAGUGCCUAAGAAGGCAACCUUUCCAUCUGGAAUAAAAGCUCUAGCAGACUAUGUUCACAGCAAGGGUCUUAAGCUAGGGAUCUACGGAGAUGCAGGGUAUUAUACUUGCAGUAAGAGAAUGCCUGGUUCACUUGGUUUUGAAGAACGGGAUGCUAAAACCUUUGCUUCAUGGGGUAUUGAUUAUUUGAAGUAUGAUAACUGCCAUACUGAUGGCUCAAAACCAAUUGAAAGAUACCCUGUCAUGACUCGUGCUUUGAGGAAGGCUGGCCGCCCCAUCUUCUUCUCUGUUUGUGAAUGGGGAGAUAUGCACCCUGCUGAAUGGGGCGCCCUUGUAGGAAAUAGCUGGAGGACAACUAGUGACAUAACUGAUACAUGGGAAAGUAUGAUUUCCAAAGCUGACCACAAUGAGAUUUAUGCUGAAUAUGCACGGCCUGGUGGUUGGAAUGAUCCUGACAUGCUUGAGGUAGGGAAUGGAGGGAUGACCAAAGAUGAAUAUAUAGUACAUUUCAGCUUGUGGGCUAUUUCCAAGGCUCCUCUUCUUCUUGGUUGCGACAUAAGGAAUAUGACAGAAGAGACAAUGGAGAUCGUUGCAAAUAAAGAGGUCAUUGCUGUUAACCAAGAUCCAUAUGGUAUUCAAGCUAAGAAGGUUAGGAUGCAAGGUGAUGAAGAGAUUUGGGCAGGGCCUCUUUCUGGCAAUAGAAUAGCUGUGGUCCUACUCAACAGGGGUCCUGUUCGUUACUCUAUAACAGCUCUUUGGGAAGAUCUUGGACUAGCCCCCAACAGUGCUGUUGAAGCAAGAAACCUUUGGGAGCACAAAACACUAGAGACCCGAUUUGUUGGCAAUCUGACAGCGACUGUGAAUUCUCAUUCAUGCAAAAUGUUUGUGUUGAAGCCAAUUGCUUAAACAAUCACUUUUACCAAACGCCAGUUACAGUGGAACGUUGGUGAUCUUAAUAGUCUCUUCUAUUUAGGGUUUUAGGGAGUAGUCACCUUAUGUCACUGUCCUCAUCUAGAACUUGUAAGUGGUAUGUAAUUUCUUUGGGAUCAGUACAUGAAUUAGUAAUAAC